UUUCUUAAUUAUCUUCGUCAUGCAAACAUUCGUUAAGUAUCAAAGUGCAUAUCUUAAAUUUGAUACGUGCAUUUAAAAAUAUCCAACAUAAUUAUGCAUUGUUAAAACUAUAUGGAAAUCGGUGUACAUUCAUCCCGGUAACGUCACUUACGGAAUCUCACUGUUUUACAUGUGUUCUGUCUUCGUUGCAGUUAUCAGGGGAAGCUGUCUGCAGUAUUCGUAGGAGCCAUGCCUGUAUAUGCGUUGUGUGAUUAACAAAUUUCAACAUGUCCGGGAAGAUUUUGGGAAUUAACCAGAAAAUACACGAAGCACGUGUUGUUUGUAGGUUCUACGAUUUAUUGAGAGCAGUUUAGGAUACCGUGGAAUCUGUGGACAUUGUAGGCUAUCGACAUGUCCGUCACUUACACCUUCAACAACAAUCAUAACGACUUAAACAAUGGCCCCACGACCACCCAAAAUGGUGGGAUGGAUUACUACCGAGGUUCUGCCAAACCCCGUGCUGGUAGUUAUGGCAACCGAGGACAAGCCAAACCACAGACAACAAGUAGUUGUGAGAAGGUCGAUCUCACUGUGCAUAUAGCCGGACACUCAAAUUGUGCAAAACCAUGGACGGCCCGAGAGAAAUAUCUGGGCACCAUUUGUCUCCUGUUGUUCGUGGCGGCCGUCUCCUUUGUUGUCAUAGCCUUAAUACGUGAUGAGAGAUGUAGUAGGACCACCGGUAAUGUGCCUAUACCCAGAAAUUAUUGCCUUUCUCAACAUUGUGUCCGGACAGCGGCCAUGUUGCUGGAAGCCAUGGACCAGUCCGUGGACCCUUGUGAGGAUUUUUUUCAAUACGCAUGUGGCAAUUGGAACCGUAAAAAUAUCAUCCCAGACGACAAAUCCAGCUUUAACACAUUCGAAAAACUUCAUGAUGACCUUCAGAUCACUCUCAAGGGUUUAUUGGAGGAACCUGUAAGUUCUGAAGAUAGCCAAGCUACUAAGAAAGUGAAAGUUCUGUACAAAUCCUGCAUCAACGUGUCCACGAUAGAGGAAGUGGGAGAUCGGCCGCUGAGACGGGUUCUUGAACACCUUGGACGUUGGCCAGUUGUCGACGACCUCUGGUCAGCGGAAGAUUUCCACCUGGAAGAGGUCCUGGCUAAGAUGCGCGGGAUCUAUAAUGCGCCGAUACUCAUCGACUGUUGGGUUGGGGCAGACGACAAGAAUUCGUCGCUAAAUAUCAUUCAGUUGGACCAGCCAGUCCUGGGAAUGCCUAGUCGGGAGUAUUAUCUGACAGACCAAAGCUCAGGCUACAAAGCUGCCUACCUCGAAUACAUGAUACGGUUUGCCGAACUUCUGGGUGCCUCUCCAGUACGAGCACGUGAGGAUAUGAUCAACGUUCUAAUGUUUGAGACGAAAUUAGCAAACGUAACAAAACCACAGUCCGAGAGGCAUGAUACGGGAGCUCUUUAUAGCAAAAUAACCAUCAAGGCCCUCCAGCGACGGGUUCCAAAGUUUGACUGGAUGGGUUACUUCAGGGUAUUCGUUGAGGACCCGUUUGAUGAGUCGGAACCAAUCGUGACUUUUGCAACAGAUUAUCUUUCUGUUCUGACUGAUCUCAUAGAGGUCACAGACAAAAGGGUUUUGUCUAACUACAUUCUGUGGCGAGUAAUCAUGGGGUUUGCACCAGAAAUGACAGAAAAUUACCAGCAAGCGCGGCGUGCUUAUCGUCGGGUCCUCCAGGGAAUAACAAUGGACAAACCUCGCUGGCAGAAGUGUGUUGGGUAUGUGAACGACCGUCUAGGUAUGGCAGUGGGCGCCGUGUUUAUACGGGAUAACUUCCGGAAAGAAAGUAAAGAAUCGGCUUUAACAAUGAUACACAACAUACGAGAGGCAUUCAACGAACUGUUGGAGGAGAACGAAUGGAUGGAUGACGACACACGUGCUGUGGCGCGGCAGAAGGCCAACGCAAUGAAUGAAAGAAUCGGAUACCCAGACUUCUUAACGGAACCCGACAAACUUGACACAAAGUAUGAUAUUCUCCACUUUCAAGAAGAUCAGUACUUUGAGAACAUUCUGAAUGUAGAGCUUUACGAUGCCCGGAUGACGAUGACAAAAUUGCGAGAACUAGUGGACAAAAAUGCGUGGGACCAGGGACCAGCAAUGGUAAAUGCCUUUUACAACCCAAACACAAACGAUAUAGUGUUUCCAGCUGGUAUUUUACAGCCCCUGUUUUACAGCGACAAAUUUCCGAAGUCUUUGAAUUACGGCGGUGUCGGUGUGGUGAUAGGACACGAAAUCACACAUGGCUUUGAUGACAAAGGUCGUCAGUACGAUAAGGAUGGAAACAUGAAACAAUGGUGGAAGAAUGAGACAAUAGAAGCCUUCAGGAAACAGGCACAGUGUGUUAUUGACCAGUACUCUAGUUAUACUCUCGAACAAAUAGGGCUCCAUAUUGAUGGUAAAAAUACACAGGGCGAAAAUAUAGCAGAUAAUGGCGGACUGAAACAGUCCUAUAGAGCAUACAAGAAAUGGGUGGCGAAACACGGAGAGGAAUUAGCUCUGCCUAGUUUAGAACUGACGCAUGAUCAGCUCUUCUUCUUAAAUUAUGGACAGAUAUGGUGUGGCAGCAUGCGGAACGAAGAAGCACUACACGAGAUUCGAACCUCUGUCCACAGCCCUGGAUCUAUCAGAGUACUAGGCCCAUUGUCCAAUUCUAAGGACUUCUCGGAGGCUUACAAAUGCAAACUAGGAAGCAGAAUGAACCCGACACAUAAGUGUUCCAUUUGGUGAUUGGUUGAACUCAAUCGGUAGUCAGCCAAUCAUUGGCACGCUUUGAGAGAUGAGUGCAGAUUGGUGUAUUGUCAGUCACUGACGCAUUGUGAACGGUGCCUAUCACUCACAGACGUAUCCGUACGACCGAGAUGAUUCCUCGCUACCUAUUAUUAAAGGGAGAUAAUCCAUUCACCAAAUAAAACUACAUUGUACAUCAGGUGGGCGAUUUGAGUGGAAAACAAUUUUCUUCUCUCUAUAAUUUCUUCGAAUGUGCUGAAUGUGCGAGAUAUACGUUAUAUGAACUGUUCGAAAACAUUUUCUGCAAUGUUUACACGUCAAAUGACGUCACGUUAUUUUGGAGAAACGGAUCAGCCACCGACUUGAAAACGGAAGUGACGUUGUUGGUGACUAAUGAUCGCAUUAUAUUUCGUCAUCAUUCUAAGUUAGAGGUGUCGCAUAUAUAUCAUGGAGGACGUCUAUGUGCGCUACAAAUCCUACUUUAGACGACCAGAUCUUGUAAUAUACAUGUAAACGAUAAUACAGUUUUAUUUACCGUUAUUGGGUACAUGUAUAUGUGAGGACAUUGAUACAGGUCCACGAUUGUGUAUGUGAAAGUUGUCCUUGAUGGACCAAAUGCACAACCCAGAUAUUGUGUGAUUUUUUUUUCUUCAUUGUUGAUAUCAUUUUGGUAAGUUUGUACUUAAUGUUUUCAAAUCUUUAUAUAAUUAGACGUUAUGAUGUGUUUAUCAAAUUCCUGUGUAUUCGUUAAUCCAGCCGUCUUGGUUCCAUGGUCCAAUGAACGAGGAAACAAACUCAUUAUUAAAUAUAAUAUUACUUAUGAUGAGCGUGGCUUAAUAGAUUUUGGUUAUGUCCGUGUGCUAGUCCGACAUGAUGGGCAUGGUUUAAUGGAGUUAUGAUGGGCGUGGUUUGAUGGAGUUAUGAUGGGCGGUGUUUGAUGGAGUUAUGAUGGGCGUGGUUUGAUGGAAUCAUGAUGGGCGUGGUUUGAUGAAGUUAUGAUGGGCGUGGUUUGAUGGAGUUAUGAUGGGCGGUGUUUGAUGGAGUUAUGAUGGGCGUGGUUUGAUGGAAUCAUGAUGGGCGUGGUUUGAUGGAAUCAUGAUGGGCGUGGUUUGAUGGAGUUAUGAUGGGCGUGGCUUAAUGGAGUUAUGAUGGGCGUGGUUUGAUGGAGUUUGGCUAUGUCCGUGUGUUAGCCCGAUAUGAUGGGCGCGGCUUAAUGGAGUUUGGCUAUGUCCUUAUGUUUUUAUUAAUUACCUACAUAGAUUUCAGUGUGGGGACGCAAGUGACAUUUUAAUACAGCUCAAAAAAUGAAUUAUCAGCAGCCGCUUCGGGUUUUACAAUGGGUUUUAUAUUAUAACAUUCUUCUACAGCAGCAUAUCUAUAAAAAAGAAAGAUUUGUGGCAAAGUACCAACCAAUGUUGUACAUUCCAACCAACUGAUUUGACGGGCGACAGCCACCGAAGUAUCAAACAAAAUGGGUUAGAUGAUUAUCACCAAGAGACGUCAUCAGUACGAUGUACGUCAUCAAUAUUGAUUAGAAGAUACAACUUUGGUGGGUACUUUGGUUUGGCGGUUACAUUGGUUCGGGAGUAUUUUGGUGGGUACUUUGGUUUGGCGGUUACUUUGAUUCGGUGAGUAAUUUGGUGGGUGCUUAGCAAUAUAUUGCUGCAAAAGAAAGUGAUAAUAAAAAUAAAUAUACCCGAAGCGGGUGCCGACAUUUCAUUCUAUUCUUGGUGUUUAGGAUACUUAAAAGUCACGUGGGUCCAACCUUUUGGAUGUGUGGUUGUGAUAAUUUCAGUUAGCUCGUAAGGUACAGAUUAUAGUUACAUAGAGUUUUUUUACCUAAUGAUUUUAUACUGUUCAUCAAUGGUUUACAUAAACAUCAUGUAAAUACGCCCAACCCACUUUAAUAGGAAUAAUGAUAUGAUUAUCACGAAUGUGUUUUUGAAAACUUAGAAAUGCUACAGCAAAUAGUAGAUAAAUAAAUUGAUAUCAGGGAAGAAAAAGAAAAAUAUGUCAACGAGUCAUCACGGAAGAGACAAAUGUGAAGUCGAUUAUAAAUAAAAGAAUGAGAGAAUAGUUAAUGUUUAUAGUUUAUAUCAAUGCAUCAUCAAAAACAAACAGAUUAAAAAUCAUUGUAUUAUUAUUGAUUGAGUAAAAAUAAACAAACAAACAAAAAACACAUUAAAACGUGUAGUUCUUUCCCGCCAAAUCUGAUUUUAUGUAAAGCCGGAAUAUAUCAAACCAAGUGUUCCUGAUUUAUUUUCGGCCACCAUCGGCUGCCCACUUUGGGGAAUGAUAGAGUGAAACGAAGGGAAUUAACUCUAAUAGAUAUUCGUUCCUCGUGGAUGGAUUGCUUUUCGUUGUACAGAAAUGUUAAUAUUUAUUUCAAUUUUCAUUGCUUUCUUCAUUAUUAAUCGUUUUUAUUUUAUUUUUAUCAUUUUUUUUUUUACAUUGCUGUACUUAUAUAAGACCAGUAAAAAAAUCGUGUGUCCAGAUUUCCCGUUUUGUGUAUAGUUUGUUAAUUCACGGUUAUAUCUAUAAAUUCUUGCGUUUAAUCCAUCCCAGUCCGGAUAUUUACGUAGCUUUACACAAUAUACCACUGACAUUUGCCGUAUAUUUCAGGAUGCAAAAAUUGUAUAAGUUAUCAGGGAGCCGAAGGUGUUUAAAUCAAUUUGCAGGAAAAAGUUUCGUUCACAGUUUGAGUUUCUCUGGGAAGGAUAUUUAUAAACGUGCAGUUCUACUUUUGAAUACCAGCAAUCUACAAAAUCAUCUGCGUGUUAAUUCUAAAUAGUGAGUUUUGAGCGACAGCCAAAAUUUAAAGGUUGGGGUUUAAAAGACGACGUCAUUAUUAUUAUCAUUAUUUUUUUAAUCUCACUUCAGAAGUAUUUUUACCUAGAUAUUUAAUUAUGGCCUAUAUGUAUGACUUAUGUAGAUUUUAAGAAAAUGUAUGUUUAGUAUAUAUAUACAAUACCUACAUUAGAGUGUCGAACGUUCACUAUGUCCACAGGGACUUGGCACAAAGUCCUAUUGCACGGUAUAUAUCCUACAUAUUAUAAAUGGCCAGUGGGCUGGGAAUUUGUGUCAGAUCCCUGUGUCCGAUACAAGUGUGACAUAUCUUCAUUACUGUUGACCGACAAUAAAAAGUAGAUGUUAAUUCAGUGAAUCUAAAUAUCCCCAUUGUCAGGAAAUAUUCAUCGUCUAAAGUUAUAAUGUUACUUUGAUGUCUGUACCCGGUACAUCAACGUCUAAAGUUAUUACUCUGAUGCCUGUACCCGGUACAUCAACGUUAAAAGUUAUUACUCUGAUGUCUGUACCCGGUACAUCAACGUUAAA